UUGCCAAUGCCUGCCCAAAGGGUAAUAUGUGGUUGCACUGAAGAGGCUGAGGUUACCACUGGGAGGCAUAUUGCAGUGGUCACUAUAAAUGGACGAUACGAGAUGUGUUUACCCCGAAAGGUCUGCUCUUGCUGCACAACAGAAUGGACUCCAGGGGUAAAGGACCUUCUACAGUAUAAUUACUGGCCAAGCACUACCAACUGCCAGACUUUAUAUUCGUUUGAUGUUUUUGAGGCAUUUUCAAACAUAAAGUUGGCAGCUCCCUCCCUGUCGAGGCAUGCUUUUUUAAAGCUUCUGGAGCACCAGUCUGUUCGAGGAGGAAGGCCAGGGAAAAUCUGUGCAGAUAUGUUCCAGAGGAGCUACUUUGAAUAUUGCUUAUGCAAGCACACAGAGGACACAAUGUCUGAAGUUGACCCUUUUUGCUGUCCAGCCUGUCAACCUGAUAUGUUGGCAGUAUGCUGUGAUGGCAACCGGAAACAUUAUCGUUUCAAAAAGUCAAGGGGAACUGAGGAACCCUCUUUAUAUGAGGGCUUGUUCAUAGCCAAAGACGAUGAAGUUCUGGCCUUUCAGGAGAAUAUCAGAGGAAGCAGCGGGGCAAGAGCAAAUGACAAUGGGACAUGUGGGGUGUCAAGGUUCAGGGCAAGUAAGGAGGCCUCAAAGAAAUCUUCCUCAAAAAUUGAUGAAGAGGGCAUACAGGUGGCAGUCUGCAGACAUGGGAUAUUAUUGCGAGGACUGAACCACUACCGUGGCGAAAUAUUUGCCUACCCCAUGUUUUUGCAGAAAGAAUUGGGAGAGAGGGCAAAUGUCACUUUCUUCUGCAUGGAUGUUGUCUGCAGGUACUGGCCCUACCUAAGCAAAGUGGUUGAUGAGUUUCCAGAUCUUCAGCCUUUGAUGCAUAUGAGACCAUUUCUCAGUGUAAUGCACGCCAAAGCACAUACAGCAAAAUGCGAGGUGAGAUGGGGUGGCAGAAAUCAGGAUGGAGCAGGGAACACAGUUGGAGAGGAAGUUGAACAAGUGAACAGCUUUCUCUCCAGGGCAGCUCUUAUCACAAAAUACAUGACAAAAGCAGGGAGAGAAAAUAUGCUGACGCAACAGGCCAUGGGUUGGAACAGAAAAAAGACAGAGAACCUCCACAAAGCUUUGGCCCAGAGAUACGUCACAAUCUCAGAGAGGGCAAAACUGGAAGCUGCCAGCCUCAGUGACUUUCAGCAAAAGCAAAACCUCACUCAGCAAACAAUAGAGCAGUGGGUGUUUGAUGUCCAGCAAUGGGCAGUCACAGAUCGAGUCUACACACAAGGGUGUACAGAGGACCUCAGGGCAGAAAUAGAGACCAUCACAGUAACCCUCCUACGCAAGAAGCAGGACCUCUAUCGUCAGCAUGAUAGCAACCAGACAAGACACAGCAAGCGAAGAAAACUUAGAGAUUUAAAAAAAAAACUAAGAGAAAAGGUCUUGCAGUACAACGCAUCUGAAGAAGAUGAAAUUGAUGAGGACUUGGCCUGCAAUUUGACGGAGGGCUACAUCCUGCCAUGGGAGAGAAGUGAAGAUGGCCACUCAUUCAGAUUGAAAAGGUCACUCUUUGACCGAAUUAUGCUACUUAAACGGUAUGAGGAGGAGCAGAGCAUCCUCAUCAAAGAAAUGACACAGCACAUCAUGUCAUUAAGGAAGAAGAUAAAGGGAGUGGAGAAACUCAAAGACAACAUUGGGAUGUUCGAUUUUGGUGACAUGUCAGAGGACGCUGCAAAAGGUUUCGAAAGUGUCCUCAUGCGGAGGUCCACCGAACUGGAGAAUUCAUGCCAACAAGCUGUGAGCUCAUACAGUGCUAUAGUUGAUGAGUUAGAGAUUGAAGACACCGAACAAAGGGUGGAUUCUGAGGGUGAAAAUGGCUUCAGUAGUCCGGAGUCAGAGGAAGAGGAUUAGGAAGGAAAAUAUCAGGGGGGUUUAUUUUUGCUUUCUGUUAACUUUGUUCUACUUAUAUUUUCCCUCUGUAUUGUAUCCCUAUGUAUUGUUCCCUUAAAUUAGAAAAUAAUAAAUUUUAGCAUAUUCACAGUACCCUGAACUAAGAGCCCAACUUGUUAAUUAAUCAUAAUCAAAGUAGGGUAUAUUUGUUGCUAUAUUUGUUGGCACUCUACGGCUGACUGAAUGUUCAUGCAUUGGUAAUCUAUAAUAAGUAACAAUAAA